AGAAAACGAGAGAGAGGAGAGAGACCCGUCUCCAAGUCCCACCCCCUCCCCUCCCCUCCCCUCCCAUCAAAAACCCAUUGGGAGGACACCAUCAUCACCGUCAAACUUCAUCAGUUCUCUAAUCCCAAGUUCUUAAUUUGUAUUUACCAAAACUUAGGGAAAGUUUAUGGGGGAAUCAGUAAAGAAUGAGGGAGACUUGUCGAACCUAAAGUCUCAGCUCUGUCACACAAACAUCAUGUGGAAGCAUGAGUUGGAGCGACAUCAAUCCCAAGUGGAUACUUUACAAGCAAAGCUUAUGGAGGUAAAGGCUUCUAUCCUGUGCUCCGAGGAAGAUGCUAAGAGGGAACUAGAAAUUCUUUGGCGAACGGUCAAAACUACCGCCGCAUUACUGACCUGCUUGAAGUCGAAGGCAACAAUAAUGGCAGUUCCACAUUUAACCUAUACUUGUGGGAUCAGACAUCAAGAGGGUGUGGGACUUGUUGACAAAAAUGGCAUGCCAUUUUCUGAUUGGUUUGCAGAUGUUGACCUUUCCAUGUUUGAAUGUCUGGACAAGGCAACAUUGCUGGGAAGUACUAGCAAGCCUGGAUCUUCUUAUGAACAUGAUGCGGCAUAUAUUGGGGAAAUACUCAAGUCAGUACGUAUGGUAACAGAUGUAAUGGAGGCUCUUGUUAAGAGGGUAGUCAUGGCAGAAAAAGAAACUGCUAUUGAGAAAGAAAAGGUAAGUUUGGGCCAGGAAGAAAUUAAGAAAAAGGCACUGCAAAUUGAGAGCAUGUCAGCAAAGGUUGAAGAGAUGGAGAAGUUUGCAUCGGGUACAAACUGUAUUUUGAAUGAAAUGCGCCAAAAAGUGGAAGACAUGGUGCAAGAAACAUCCAGACAGAGACAACGCGCUGCAGAAAAUGAACAGGAGCUUUGUCGUGUGAAACAGGACUUUGAGUCACUGAGAUCAUAUGUAAGCAGUCUCAUCAGUGUAAGAGAGACACUUCUUUCAUCAGAGAAGCAGUUUCAGACAAUGGAGAGGCUUUUUGAAAGGCUAGUUGCGAAGACUGCUCACUUGGAGGGAGAGAAGAUGCAGAAGGAAGCUGAAGUCCAGAAGCUCAUGGCAGAGAAUGUCAGGCUAAGUGCUCUCCUCGACAAGAAAGAGGCACAGCUUCUGGCCAUGAAUGAGCAGUGCAAGUUCAUGGCAUUGAACUCACACGGCGUUUAGCUCUGUAAUGAUGUCGUUUCUGGCCCUGCCUGGGUAUUGGAGCGAUUGUGAUCUUCUGUGCUUUCUGUUUGUUGAUUGUAACUGUAGAAAAGAAAAGAAAGAAAGAAAAACCCUUUUCAGGUUGAAAUUAUAUUUUCAUCAUUUUGUUGUGGAGUGCCCAGUCAAUGAGGUGAACCACAUACAUUGUGGGAGAUGAAGUGCAAGCUGAGGGCAGGGAAUGCCAGGUGGGCCUUUUGCACGAUGAAAUGGACCGUUUAGAAAAAAACUGUUACAAUUAAUGGACUACCCUGACUAUUGGGCCUAGGACAUGCUUCCUGGGUCCCACUUGAUGAAUGGUCUAGAUCUUGAAUGCAUCAUCCCUAUAAUGAUCUCUGUUUCACGCAAAGGUCAUUACUUCGA